AUGGCAAUCCCUUCUCUCGACGAAGAAACCGAGAGUUUACAUCAUAGUAGAAAUACUAGUGCAAUUAAUCCACUCGAUCCAAAUUUACACGUAAACACGCAACAGUCUCAUUCAUCUACAUCAAGAAAUCCUUUAUCCACUCUUAAUUCUAAUGAAGUAUAUGCCAAUGAUGAACUUGAUGCUGAAGAGGAUCCUGUGAUUCCUAGAAAGAAAUAUAUUCGUGUUAUCGAUCCCAUAGGAAAUGGUCGUGAUUCUUGGAAGAAAUCAUCCGGUCUUAUCGAUCCCACAAUAAGUGGUCAUGGUCUGUAG